GCCUCCUUCGGUCAGGUCGCGUAGAACUUUCGAAUUUCGCGGUCCUUCAUGACAUCGGGGGAAGGCUCACAUAAACAAAACACACUACACGUGCGUGAGUUCUCCGCAAAGAGUGAUGCGUUUGGAUUAUAGGGUAGCGAUCGAUGCUUAAAUUCAGAUUGCAUUCGCGAGGCCAUGACUCGUGUGCAGAACGGAUCCGCAGUAUCCGAGGGAGCUGCCGAGAGCGAGGAAUCAAAAAAUGUGGCCCAACUGAAAAAAGUUUUCUCAGAACUCAAAGACAAGAGCGGUCUCUUGUGCGAGAAGUUAGAAGCGAUGCGAUCCGAGAUCGCCGAUGGAGAAACGAAAGAUGGACUAUCGUGGUUGGAGGUCAAAAAUCAAAUGCUGUUGGGUUACCUGAUCGAUACGAACCAUAUUGUGUACAAUAAGCUCAAAGGCAAAUCGAUCGCGUCAAGCCCGUCCGUGAGCCGACUGGUGGAACACAGAACAGUCUUAGAGCGGAUGCGACCUGUCGACCAGAAACUGAAGUAUCAAGUGCAGAAGAUGAUGCGGAUCGCAGCGAGUGGCAGAAUGGAGGAGAACGAUCCUUUGAGCUUCAAAGCCAAUCCGGAUGCCUUCGACUCCGAUGGAGAGACGGGAGCAGCGGAUGCUGCAGAUGGAGAGCCAGCAGCCCGUACGGCCAAGGCGGCGACGAACAAAACCGCGAAGUAUGUCCCGCCGAGGCUGGCACCGGUGCAUUACCUCGAGGAUGAGACGAAGGAAGCCCGUUUGGAGCGGCAGAUGGAAAAAGCAAAGAGGAAGGCUCUCAGCUCGAGUAUCAUCGAAGAACUGCGGGAUGAAUUCUGCGACGGUCCAACCGAAGUCCGAGAGGAAUAUAAUCCGCAUAAGGAACGACUCAACAAGAAACGCCGAGAACGUGAAAGAUACGAAGAAGACAACUUUGUCAGAUUACAGGUGUCGAAGAAAGAGCGUCACGAGAAUCGUCUCAAGGGUGUCUCGGCCCUCGAUGACAUUACCAAGUUCAGUGGGCCUCGAUUGGGUUGAUGGUUUUGUUUAUUGUUCACAUCACCAUGUCCAUAGUUUAUAUAGUUCAAUUAUCUUCAAAACAAUGACGGGAAUCGAGAUAAUUCCCUCCAA